UGAAGAAAUUAACACUACUGAAAUUGCUGCCACCGGCGAAAAUUGCAGCAAAGGCCUAGAAGAGCGAGCAGCCAUGGCGGAGCCGAACCAAAACCCGAACCAAAACCCGAACCCGAACCCAAGUGGUGGCGAAGUUCCUGCGAACGUAACUAUUUACAUCAACAACCUCAAUGAAAAAAUCAAGCUUGAAGAGUUGAAGAAAUCACUGCACGCUGUGUUCUCACAAUUUGGUAAGAUAUUGGAGGUUUUAGCAUUCAAAACCCUAAAGCAUAAAGGACAAGCUUGGGUAGUGUUCGAGGAAGUUUCUUCUGCUAGCAAUGCACUUCGACAGAUGCAGGGUUUUCCUUUCUACGAUAAGCCUAUGAGAAUACAGUAUGCAAAGACGAAAUCUGAUGUUGUAGCAAAAGCUGAUGGUACUUUUGUUCCCCGAGAAAAAAGAAAGAGGCAUGAGGAUAAAGGGAGAAAGAAAAAGGACCAGCAAGAUGCUAAUCAAGCUGGCAUGGGUCUGAAUCCUGCAUAUGCUGGUGCUUAUGGUGCAGCACCUCCUUUCUCACAAAUACCAUACAUGGGUGGAGCUAAAGCAGUACCGGAGGCUCCUGCUCCUCCAAAUAACAUUCUGUUUGUGCAGAAUCUACCUCAUCAGUCUACUCCAAUGAUGCUACAAAUGCUCUUCUGCCAAUAUCCUGGCUUCAAGGAAGUUAGGAUGGUUGAGGCAAAGCCUGGAAUUGCUUUCAUAGAAUAUGGAGAUGAGAUGCAGUCGACUGUUGCUAUGCAGGCCCUUCAAGGAUUCAAAAUUACCGCCGAGAAUCCCAUGUUGAUUACAUAUGCGAAGAAGUAGAUACACUAUAUUUUAGCUGCUGUCUGUAGAAUUAACAUUAUUUUUAACUAGGAUCUGGAUGUUGUGCGGCUGCAAAUUUAAGCUUGUGAUCCAUGGAUGUUUGAGUUUACCCGUGUAUUUGUUGUGUAGCACCUUACCACCUCCUUUUUUCUUUCGAGCAUUAUGCUUUGCAUUUCCUCCACCUUGUAAUCUUGAUGUGCUUCUAUAGCCCAUUUUCCUUUUGCCAGUCUCA